AUGACCACCGACGAGGAAGUUGAAGCGGCGUUGAAGUCUCUUUCGAUCUCGUCUACAGACCGGACGAACAACAACAACGCUAUCGCUAUAUUAGCCWAUGCAAGCAAGCAUCAUGUGACGGUCCGGCAUCGUCUCGCAGACCCAGCUACUCUCAGGACCCUAAUCGAUGUUCUCGAAUGCAGCAUAAACGACGAUCUUGAGACGCUGGAACUUGCUCUACGUUGCAUCGCCAAUGCAUGCGCCGAUAACAAUGCUGCUCGAGAUGUCGUAGCUGAUAUCGGCUUCUCUUGGGCAUUGCAAUGUCUUCAUCUACCAGAUACAGAAAUCCGGGUACUGACUACCAAAGUGCUCUACAACAUCUGCGCCGAUGACCACGAAGCCUCUCAAAAGAAGGGCUUCGAAGCUGGACUUCACCUUGCAUUGCUUGCUCUAUGUGCGAAAUCUGGAAAUUUUGAGGAAUGCAGCUUUGCCAUUGAUCUGCUACUGUGGAUCUGUGGGCAAAAGGCCACAGUGGAUCCCAGUCUCAGUCGACCUCUUCCGGAAGUUUCUCUGCACGAGCUACUCUUUUUGCCGUCUCUCUACGCCAACAAAGUGGAUGUGGAGACACUGGCAUCGCUCAUCGAGACUGUGCUGAUCUUCCUCCGAGAUCCCGGCGUUCAAUUACAGAUUAUUACAACGAAGCAAUUAGGCAAAGUCUGGCGAAUUCUAGAACUUCAACAGUCCAAGGUCGCAGCGCUGAAUGCGGAGACUGAGGAUGGUGCCGAAGACGCCAAACUGCUGCUUGCGCUGAGCAUGAGUUUGGUGUGGUGUCUAUCUGAUACCGCGGCACUCCCAGAGUUUUCGAAGACGUACAGCCUUGAUGAUAUGGAAGUCAAGGCUGUGAUCAGCUACUUGCGAGCACGCGGAAAGGAUGUUGGCGAUUCUGGAGAUCCAAAUGGUCUCCAGCUCACUGCCGCGUGCCAGACUAUCGGGAACCUGUUAUGGGCUCUACCGACGGAGACUUAUCAAUUUCUCAUUACGCUCGACAAACUUCAUCAGCCCCUGCUAGAGAUGGCUGUCCACAUUGGAACAGCAAAGGAAGAUGCCGGCGUUUUGCACUCUGUGGCAGGACUUCUCAUCCAACUUUCAAGGCCAUCAGUCGAGGUUCGACAGAUGAUGGGCGACGAUGAGCUCGCAAUCGCUGCCCUCGAGCGAUUAUGCCGGCACGAAAUGCCGAACGUCCAGCAAGAGGGCGUUAAGUUGCUGCGGGCGCUCGGUAAAGACUGUCYGGCUAACCAAGAGCGUUUCGCAGAUUUGGCGAAGGAGGCAGUGCUCGCUGCGAGCAAACACAGCAAUGCCGAAACACAGGCAAUGGAGCUGAGUUGA